CGCUCCCGCCGCGCGCUCCCAUGGCGCUGAAGCGGAUACAGAAAGAACUAAGUGACCUGCAGCGAGACCCGCCGGCCCACUGUUCUGCUGGACCUGUUGGAGAUGACUGUAAGCUUUUCAUAGUACAUAGUCAGAUUUUUACCUUUCUUUCAGUUAUGAAAAAGCUUGGGAAAAUCUCUAAUUUUUUAUCUUUUUUUACUUUCAGUGUUUCAUUGGCAAGCAACUAUUAUGGGUCCUAUUUGUACAGGUCACAAAGAUGUUGUGUGUUUUAAAACUCCCCGAUGUCAUCAUGAUGAACUGAAUUAUGUUGGAAAAUCCUACUCUUUGCCUCUGCAAAGAGAAACCACUUCUUAAGCCUGAUAGUGCAUAUCAAGGGGGUGUGUUUUUUCUCACAGUACACUUUCCAACAGACUAUCCUUUCAAACCACCAAAAAUUGCUUUUACAACAAAAAUAUAUCACCCAAACAUAAACAGUAAUGGGAGUAUUUGUCUUGAUAUCCUGAGAUCACAGUGGUCACCAGCUCUGACUGUAUCUAAAGUUUUAUUGUCCAUAUGCUCCUUACUUUGUGAUCCUAAUCCAGAUGAUCCUUUAGUACCAGAUAUUGCACAGAUCUACAAGUCAGACAAGGAAAAAUACAACAGACAUGCAAGAGAAUGGACUCAGAAAUAUGCAAUGUAAACUUGUGAAGACUUUUUCAUAUACCACAGAGUACUGUAAAUUCUAGGUUUUUUUCAAAAUUAGAAGGAAAUGGAGCACAAUUUAUGGUUUUGAUGUUAACAUGACUCCCCUCGAAUUUUUUUUCACCCAUGUAAGUGUGUUUCUGGAGCAAGGGAGAAUAAACUUCCAAAAAUAACCUUAUGACUGUGAUAAGAAUAUUUAUCCUCUUUGUAUGCUUUGCAGAAGACAUUUAUUAUGGUUUUUAAGAGCUGGACACCUGCAUCUUCAGACUACAAGAUCUGUAAUGCAGUUGUAAAGCAACCAAAUUAUUUUUGCUGGGAAAAGUAGCUGGUUUUAUGUGAUGAAUACUGUAUGUUUGUCAUUGAAGUAUGUUGUUGUUUCAUGAGUGUAUUCAAAUUUCUUUUUGUUAGUUCACUUAAUAAUUUGUAUUUUUUUACUGUAUAGACUAAAUAUUUUAUUUACAAUGUCAGUAAUUUCAUUUUAGACUUACUUGCGUGUGCACAGUAUUGACAAGAUACAACUGCUAGUAAUGAAAAUAAUUGGAGUAUCCCACACAUUAGGAUAUUCUAAAGAUUGACUGCAGAUUUCUUAAAACCUAAAAUGAUCUUUGCACUGUAAUUCUUUGUAUGCUGAUUAUGGAGAAACACUUUGUUUUGAUUCUGUUGCAUACUUAAUUUUAUUGCAAUGAGAACUAAUUGCACUGCUAUGUAGAGAGAUAAUGUAACCAUUUCGUUGCUAUUCACAACUGAUUUUUGAUGUAACACUAUCCUUUUGACCUUUUACAAAUCCAAAUGUAGCCUUUUCCAUAUAAAUAAAAUGCAUUUUCUACUA